UUCUCGGAAUUCGCGGCGAUCAUAUGUUGCAACCGCGAGCCGCGGCACCGUUCCGGACGGCCCGCUAACCACCGCUGACGGGCAUUCUCGAGCGAGGCUCGCAGGCGGACGAGGGGGACGCUGGAUCGCGCUUACGCACGGAGCGCACGAGGACUCGUCGAUGGAUGUACGCGAAGCGCCUUCGUUAGAUCGCCGCAACUUGGCCUCCGUGCGGCGAUGACGGCCGCGAGGAAAUGUUUCCAUGCCUCACACGCUGUGCUUCGGAGGUGCACUUGCGGGCAGGUGGCUUAGCUACCGAAAGACACGGCGGAUCGACGGCGGCUCGACGCUCGGAACGAGUUCGUUUGACAUCUGUAAGGAUGCCGAUGGUAUCCCGCUUGAAAUCUCACAGUCGGUAGACGACAGCUGAUAUCGAUGCGUCCGGAGAAACGGUCUCUGGGAAGGAUGGGAUGGCGCGCACCUUGAAGGCUCUUUGAAGAUAAAAUUAUAAGAUGACGAACAGUUCGUGACAUCCGUGUCGCGUUUUGUACGACGAUGCGACUGAACUUCAAGACAAUCCUGCUCAUAUUGGUUGUCGCAACAGUGAGCUUUUUACUUGGGUCGUGGAACAAUUGCGGAAGCCUGUUGUUCCACGCGGCAAAAUAUCAACACAAGGAUCGUUUAAAUACGGAAACGGGGUACCAAGAGAUAGAUUGUCUCAUAAACGGCGAUUACUCUAUAGGAUGUCGCAAAGAAGGCGACGAGGUGUAUAUACCAUUUUCAUUUAUCCAUAAAUAUUUCGAGAUUUAUGGGAAACUGGCCACGUACGAUGGUCUGGAAAGAUUCGAGUGGUUGCACAGUUACUCAAAGAUUGUGAGCCCCAAGGGAAAGUAUGAUCCCCGAGGUGUGUUCAUGACCUUCGAAAACUACAACGUCGAAGUCAGGGAUAGAGUAAAAUGUAUCAGCGGCACCGACGGUGUGCCGAUAUCGACGCAAUGGGAGAGCCAAGGAUACUAUUAUCCCACGCAAAUUGCUCAAUUUGGAUUAUCGCAUUACAGUAAAAAUCUAACCGACCCCGAGCCGCACAGGAAGAUCAUUGAGGACGCCGAUAAAGCCAAGCAGAACUGGAACGUCCCUCAAGGAUCGGUUAUGAGCAGAGUGUACGACAAGCAAGCUAAUAGUUACGUCCUAAAAUUCGCCACGCCAGAGACGAGCACGUCCGGGAUAUCAUUGAGCCUGGAUCACGUGUUGAACUUUGUAUUGAGAUGGGACCUUAAUAUUAAGGACAAUGGCAGUAUCACAGUUGUAUUGCAGUCAAGGGAGAAGGAGGUGUACUACCUUCACUAUGUUACCAGCAAUAUAGUAUUGCAAAAUUAUAACAAUCAUGUGCACUACGGAAUCGGCCAAGCCAAUCAUCAAUGGAGACGUCUUACUAGAGACCUCGUAGUCGACUUGCAAAAAGGUCUUUAUUUGAAUGAUAAAAGUAGGAAGAAAUUGCCCCGGUCUAAGUUAAAGGUCGUUAAAAUUACUCUUUACGGCUCCGGCAUGAUUGACAAUAUGACGUUAUCGACUAGCGAGCACAUGGAGCAAUUUUAUGACGCAGCGAGGUGGUUUGUCGCCAAUCAGAACAUCACCUCUGGUGGUUGGCCGAAUCUUGUCAGGAGAAAAGUGGCGUCUGGAAUGGCUAUACUCGAGCCUGGAUGGUACUCCAGCAUGGGCCAGGGUCACGCCAUAUCAGUGCUGGCACGAGCCUAUUAUCAUUCUGGAGAGGCGAAAUACUUACAGGCCGCUAUCAGGGGCCUGCGACCUUUCAGACUGACAUCCGCUAAAGGAGGGGUGGCUGCGCAAUUUCUAGGCAAAUACGUCUGGUACGAGGAAUAUCCCACCACCCCCUCCUCUUUUAUUCUCAACGGUUUUAUUUAUUCGCUUAUCGGUCUCUACGACUUGAAAAGCAUAGCGGUAGCUAAGGACGCGGAGGAGGCGACCAGACUUUUUAAUCAGGGUAUGAUAUCAUUAAAGAACAUGUUAACGUUAUUCGACACCGGUUCGGGUUCUACGUACGAUCUACGUCAUUUUACAUUAAAGACAGCACCUAACUUAGCUAGAUGGGAUUACCAUUCUACUCACAUUAAUCAACUUCUUCUUCUCAAUUCUAUUGACAUCGAUAACGACCCUAUUUUUACUACGACCGCGGAGAGAUGGGCCGGUUACAUGAAUGGCAAAAGAGCGGCGCAUAAUUAACCGCAUCUAGUGAUAUUUAUUAUAAAUUCAGUUCCAUCCCCUUAAUUUUUUUUAUUACGUUUAUUUAUUUAAAUCAUUUUCCUCAUUUUACUUUUUAGACUGCAGAUUUAUUGUUAACUUUCAUGUUUAUUCGGGGGAAAAAAAUCUUAAUCCUUUCUUUCAGCUGGCUGAGCGAGAUUUAAUACUUUUUUCGUAUAAUAUAAGUUUUAUUUUAUAUCAGUGAUAAUCGUAGUCGCGUCACUGAAUAUAAUAGGCGAGAGAGUGCGAGCGUGUAUACGGGAUCUAAAAUUGCGUGCAAUCCGUUUAUAUUAUAGAAGAGUGAAAUAACUGUAACAAUAGGAGAGAUCUGUGUCCUUAAUACAGGAUGAUUUUUAGUCAUGUAUUAAUUAAAUUAAAUUUAUUAUAAUUAUAAUUAUUUUUUAUACAAUAUAAAUGAGAUAUAGUUAUAUUUAGUUUUCAUUUAUGAUCAUUUUAAAAAUAUGACAAGAUCGUCACUGUAUAUUGUCUGUGACUGUGGAUGUCUUCCAAUUUCCUCUCACAAUCAGGACUACUGACAGUGCUCGCAAUAGUUUCGAGCAUUCAGUCUCAAAGAAAAGGUGUGGAUGGUUGCAUUAGGGAGUGAUUUUCUUAGACUGAAUUCAGUAAUAGCGUCCAGUACUGGCAGUAGUACCGAGUGGAAACGGGAACAUACCCAUUAUUUGUUCGUUUGUCAUAAAGUUUAGAAAGGCCUAUCAAUAAGCACAUAUAUCUUAAAGUAUGAUUUUUAACGAAAUAUAAUUACAGUAAACGAUACGUUAAUAUUACAUAUUGAUAUAUAAUUAAAAAUCAUCGUGUAUGUAUUUAUAAAUAAGAGAUUUCUGAAGAACCCCCUGAAAAUUUGGACGUUGAAGCGGACAGUGUCUGUUUCGGCAUUAAUAAACUUCGCAUAACGGUGCUGCCAAUAAUUAUGAUAAUUAAUUUAUAGCGUAAUUCUUUUUUAACAGUCACGAUAUUGUGCAAUUAAAUUGUAUAAUUAAAUGUAAGAGAAGAUUGUAAUCAUUUAUUUUUUAAUAGCAGGCAAGUGAAUUUUCGUAAAUUUCUCAAAUAGUUUUAUAACUACGGAUUUGCACUCCCUACUAAAUAUAAUAUUAAAUUAUUCAAUAAAUUAUUAUUAUUUAA